AUGCUUCGGUUUAUUUCCAGAGUUCUUGCCUUCUUCCGGAGGAGGGUGGACUCGUCGGAGGCCGAGAGGGAGCAGCAUAUGAGUCUCUUGGAAGGUGGCACCAGGUUGAAAACUGCGCAAGGAGUUGUGACGAAUAUCUGUAGUGAUUAUGGUUUGAUUGAUGAAUUGAUCUACUUCAGUAGUGAUGUUGUGACUGGCGAUGUCCCUCUGAAGGUUGGACAAGAAGUCACUGCCAUUGUGGGAAAAGAUAAAACAUAUGGAUUGAAAGCAAUCAAAGUGGAUGCACUCUGUGACAGUUGCCAUGGCAAUGGGCCCCGGGACUCCUAUGCCAGAGUUUCAUUUGGCUGUGUUUCCACUGUCGUGGAAGGCGCUAACUACAUUGAUCACACAACCUACUUCUCUCUAGAUGUCGUUUGUAAAGGUUUCGAGCCUUACCAGGGGGACCGAGUAGAAGUUGAAUUUUGCACCCCAUCGGACACACUGAACAGAAGGGCCCUGUCGGUGAAGCCUCGGAGACAUAAGCAUGUGCAUGAGGUCUGCAUUACUAGCCUCCAUGGAAGAAAUGGGGUGAUAGAUGAUAGCAUCUUUUUCACCUUGGAAUCUCUGAAGCUGCCUGCUGGAUACACACCUCAAGUAUCCGAUAUUGUUAACGCUGUCGUGGUGGAGAGCAUUCAGUCCUGCUACACUUGGAGAGCAAUUUCUAUGACUCCAGUGAAAAGGACGAUCCAUGAUCCAUCGAUAGGCACUUGGUGGAGGCUCCGUACCGAGGCCUCUCCAACCUCCAACGUCCCACCCCCACCUCCGUCCCACCGCCUCUGCCCCAUGAACACGGCCCUCAGCUGUUUUGCGGUCGGAGGUGCCACCGCGUGUGUUGCUGCCUGGGACCGGCCUCUGCCCAGGGUCAGGCGCCCCAGGGAGAUGAGCCGUAGGCGGUGCCAGCUGCUCUGGGGCUUCUCGAGUGCCACCCGCUGCUCCGGGUCGGGGAACUGUGCGCACAGUUGUGCGCCGACGCCGCCUGGCACCAAAAGGUCCAUGGCCACGGCCCUCCGCGCCGCGCUUCCCGUCGCUCAAGGUGGCGGCUGUGGGACUCAUCCCAAGCGGCCCGGCCUGUCGCGCCUCCCUUUGCUGCGAGCCGCGCCGCAGCGGGUGCGCGAAGCCGCCCCUCCCGCGACCCCGGAGGCCAAGUCAGAUGGCGGCGGCACAGGGGACAGGCCCGGGGAGGUGGCUGGAUGUGAAGGGCUGCAGCGGUUGCGCUUAACCACCGGCCGGAGGGACAGGGAGUAG